UGAUCUAUCCCACCUCCUUUGAAAGCUAAACAUUAACGGAUAGAUAUGGCAGUUUAUGCAAAGGUCAGGGAUAAAUCAUGUACUGAUUGUCGCAGCAAGCUAUCUUGUCACAAAGUUGCACGGCCUACGACUACAAACGGAAUAUUGUUCUACAGUAGCCUACUUCUUGCCUAUUAUUGUCUUGUCAUCCGCAACGGAAUUGCAAUUUUAGUUGACAGCGGUACAUUGCGUCUCUCUGUGGAUUGGGCACAUUGGCGAGAAAAGAAAACCUGGAUUUGCACAUUCAAGGGGACAUCGAAUACUUCCAACGUUGUUAUCCUGAGCCCUCAUGGCAAGCCCAAAAGCCUUUCACAUAAAUAGCCCGUUUUUGGAGAGCAUAGACAUGUCAAAACGGACGGGGACCGAAGUGUAUUUAAAAAUGGAAAGUUCCCAACCAUCCGGUUCAUUCAAAAUCCGUGGUAUCGGACACCUGUGUCAAAAGAUUGCAGGACCAGAGUCCAAAGGAGUUGUUUGCUCUUCAGGUGGCAACGCUGGGAUGGCCACAGCCUAUGUGGCACGCAAACUAAACAUUCCAGCAACUAUCAUUGUGCCUUCAUCCUCUCCUGAGCUGAUUAGGGAGAAGCUAAAGGACCAGGGAGCCACGGUCAGAGUAGUCGGCAAGGUGUGGGAUGAUGCCAAUGAUGAAGCCCUGCGUCUGACCCAGACUGAUGGCCUGACCUAUGUCCCACCCUUUGACCAUCCUCUGCUCUGGCAAGGCCAUGCCAGUAUUGUGAGAGAGAUCAAGGCCUCUCUUCCAUCCAAGCCUGGGGCUGUAGUUUUAUCUGUGGGGGGAGGAGGGCUGCUCUGUGGGGUGGUGGAGGGCAUGAAGGAAGUGGGCUGGGCCAGUGUGCCCAUCAUCUGCAUGGAGACUGAGGGAGCAGACUGUUUUAACGCAGCAGUAAAGGCUGGCAAGAUAGUCACCCUCCCUGACAUCACUAGUGAGGCCAAGUGUCUGGGUUCGAAGACGGUGUGCAGCCAGGCCUUUGAGUACAUUAAGGAGGGCAACAUGAAAAUCAUAUCAGAGCUGGUCACUGACCAGCAGGCCUUGCAAGCAGUGGAGACCUUCCUGGACGAGGAGCGUGUGCUGGUGGAGCUGGCCUGUGGGGCUGCGUUAGCGGCUGUGUACUGUGGUGUCAUCCAGAGACUGCAGGGUGAGGGCCGGCUGCCUGUUCCCCUAGCAGGACCCCUAGUUAUGAUUGUCUGUGGAGGGAGCAGCAUCAACCAGGCACAGCUGGAACAUCUCAGGAAGGUCCUCAACAGAUGAACACAGAACAUGGAGCUCCUAGGCUGAGUCUCAAAUGUCACCCUAUUCUCUAUAUAGUUCAAUACUUUUGACCAGGGCCUAUAGCCUUGUUCCAUAGUUGAUCAAACAAUAACAUAUUUGGCUACAGCACAUACAGUAUGGACGAGGCUAUUGGAUUUCCACCAGCAGGUCAUGGCUCCAGACUGUUUUAAUGAAAGAUUAUGAGGACCGAUUUGUAAUUUGUUUUUUAUUGCAGCUUCUCACCCUGUUGUAUACAUUUUCACAAUGUUGACUAAUGCUGCCUCUAAUUUCCCUGCUUUGCAAUCAGUGUCACAUUUGGAAAAUCUCUGACAACCUUUUAUGUCUCAUAGAAUAAAAUCUGAUAUACAA